AUGCUUUUCUGGAAGGAUAAUUGGGCUAGAAAUGUAUGUUUGAAAGAUGUAUUCCCAAGACUAUAUUCUCUAUCAGUGGGAAAGGACGAAUCUGUUGGCUUGGUGUAUAGUAGAAGAACUGGUGCUGGGGAGUGGAAUCUGAAUUUUAGGAGGUCUCUAUUUCAGUGGAAUGUGGAGGAGUUGAGGAGAAUGUCUACAAUGUUACUUAAUGCUCCGGUUCUUAGAGAAGGUAGAAGGGAUAUUUUGAGCUGGAGUGCUGAUACCUCAGGGUCAUUCUCCAUAGCAUUAGCUUAUAGAUGGAGUCAAUUGGGUCUUGGAGCUAUUAGCAAGACUGCUGCAUUCAUUUGGAAGAAUGUAUCUCCCCACAAGGUUCAAUUUUUUGGUUGGUUAGCAUGGAAAUGGAGAGUUAAGUCCUCUAGUUAUCUGCAUAAAAUUGGUGUUCUAAAUGCCGGAUCUUCUGUUAAUUGUACUUUUUGUAAUGGGGAGGUGGAAAGUGGUCUCCAUAUGUUGUUGCUUUGCCCUUUUUCCUGGAGGAUUUGGUCUAAGAUUAUCGAAUGGUGGGGUAUUCAAUGGGCAACACUUAGGUCUGUGAGCAGCUUACUCAAUUGGUGGCGUGGUUGGAAAGUAUCAAAGCAGCUGAAGUUAAUCUGGAAUGUUGUUCCUCUGGCAGUGCUCUGGUCCAUUUGGAAGCAGAGGAAUGACUGUCUUUUUAAUAGUGCUCAGGCUGAUGUUAAAAGUUUGUGUGAUUCCGUUAAGGUGAGGAUUGCAUUUUGGACCAAAUCUUCUUGCCCAGCUGUAGUUUACUCAGUCAAUGACAUUGUGCAUCAUCUUCAACAGGUUAUAGUCUGCCUUGGCUAA